AUGUUCAAUGCCCGGAAGGUGUACGCGGAGUUAAACUGUUUCGAGGGUUUGCACCGUUCAAAGCUUCUUUUAAUGAUUGUGACAUUUUGCCUUGGUUUUCAGGUGGUGGGCGUGUCAACCUUCGGGGAUGCCUUGGCGGUGUGCCCGCUUUCUCCACUAGCAUGGUUCUUCAGCGCUGCAAUCGCAGCCAUUGUGGUGCCUUUGGGCGUUCUUAGUCGUUUGGUGCCACUUACGGAGCGGGUCGUGAAGCGCAGGGAUCAAACGGGCGUUGCUGCGAGGAACUGCGUGAUGGAAAAGUUGUCAAGGAAGCUGGAGCAGGAGCAGCUGCAGAUGGGCACGGAUAACGGGAACUUUCUGCGCCUGGCGUUGCGGGCUCACGCGCAGUCACGUUGGCGGCAGGUGCAGGCGCAGCGUGUUAAGACGUUGCGCGUUGUGAACGCCUUCCGCCGGGCCGGCGUGGAUCGUGACAUGCGCAGUGCCGUUUCAAGGGACAUCUAUCAUCACUUUUUGCAGUUUUACCGGUAA